CUAGAAUUCGCAAGAUCCUACAAGACUCUCAAUCGUUUCUCUACGACUAACCGAGCAGCCUUAACCACGCGACGACAGGUCAUCCAUCAGGGCACCUCAAUCAGUGACACCACCCUUCUCCGCUACUAUCUGUACAUCUGGACGUCGCUUUAUUCGAUAUGAACUGAAACUGGCAUCCAGUUUCCCGAAUACUGACCUGCAGUACUCCUCAUGAUGUAUGCCACGGACGAUGAAUCGACUCCAUCCGGAUCCGGCUACACCACACCGCCCCUGUCGCCAACCAAAACCAUCAGCACAGAAGGCUGGUCGUCACCCAGGACCCCUGGAUCACCUCGCAAAAGUCGAAGCUGUUUGUUCUUUCGGCACAUUGACCAUGAGCUCGAGGAACCCUUCUUCACUCCCCCACCAUCCCCUACGAAAUCAAAGUUUGCAGCUCAACUGGGUGCGCUUUCGAUACCCGAAGUCCUGUCGCCCACGUGCGAUCCUACUUCACCAGAUUUGACGGACGACUCGCCUGUGAAGCGAAAUAUAUCGUUGUUCGAUCGACCAUCUCCUCGACGGUCACUCAACGUCGCUCGCUCGACCAAUCGCUCUUUACCUGCUUCUAUCGAUAAUUCUAACACUGCAAAGCCUCUUACCGUACCUUCGCUUGACUUUUCGAGAAGCCCUCAGGAUAGACACAUUCACAGAAAACAGAGAAGGAGCUACCGCAGCUCGUCUGACAGCUCCAUAGACGCACUCGUCGCCAAAUACGCAACUCCGCCAACGACUCCGGUUGAGAUCGGUGCCGAUAUCGAGCGUGAUACCGAUCGAUUUCCUAAUGAGUUCGACUCGCCUAUGAAGCUUGGUCGACUGUCCACUCGAUGUGCGAGCUCACCUUUGCGUCCAAGUCAGUGGGCUUCGCGCGGUGGCUUACUAUCGCCCCCACGCAAGUCUCAAACGAGUACACCGGAUCGCUUUAUCCAUUGCCGUCGCCCACCCGCAGUCACACGCGAGAGCUUUGAGCUGAACAAACCAAUCGAGCGUGAACAGAUCUCCCAACGUGGCCACCGCGCGGGCGGUGAUCCUUUUGGCCGUCGAGUGCGCAGGAGUGACCGCCUGAAUGCUGAACUUCGAGGCUUGAGAGAAGCUCAUACUGUCCUCGCCGGAAGGUCUGGCGGAGGUGUACGAAGUCCAAAUCUGAGACUAAGAAGCAGUUCUUUGGUUACCGCUGCACGCCAGAUUAGUGCGGGCGCUGUCUGGAACGUGGGUGGACCAUCCGCUGUGAGCGAUACAGUAGCGGCGGUCUCUACGGGCAAUGGAGGCAUGCUUGGAAGUGGUACUAUUGCGCCUCUUUACACAUCCAGUUUCCUCGAUCGAGCGGAUCCCGAAGCUGAACUUGAAGCGUAUGAAAGACGUCUUGCACUAGCUCUCGAUGUCGAUCAAACAGAUCGUAUUCUACAACAUUCGCCAUCACAGUCUAGUCGCCCUGGCGCGACACACAACAACACGCCGCCACACAAACCACAUAUCUGGAGGGAUAGUGCAUGGGCCCAAGAUGGUGUCAAACCACUCCUCGAUGCACCUCAAUUGCGAGACGACUACUACUGCACAUUGCUUGCGUACUCUCACACCGCCAGAUGUCUCGCAGUAGGCCUUGGGAACUUUGUGCAUCUCUGGUCUGAGCGAGAUGGUGUCAACACUCCCGAAUCAUUGAACUCUAUUCCUACUAAUGCAGCGUCAAAUUCCCAACACAUCACUUCUCUCGACUUCUCUUCCAACCAAGGUGGGCAUGCGAUCCUCGCUGUAGGGCGAGCAGACGGCCGUAUCGUACUCUGGAGCCCCUUUGAUUCAGAACCAAGGUUCGAUGCCACACAACCGAAGCCGGUGUCAUGCGUUUCGUUCAGACCUACUACCGUGCAGCGACCAUCACUGCGCGACAGGGCGAUCGCUGUAUCUACGGAGGAGUUACUCAUUAGGGAUGAGGUCGGACACAUCUACUUCUACAGUGUCGAGUGGCCAUCGGCAACCCAGUGUGCGCUAUUCGGCUGGCAUGGAGCCAUGACACUGCUCGCACGCAUGACCAUCCACACUCAGCAGAUCUGCGGACUGGCGUGGUCUGCAGCCGGCGACAUGUUCGCCAGUGGGGGCAACGACAACAACUGCUACCUCUUCGAGACCAAACGCGUACUCCAGUCGGAGACCAGCGCAACCAUCUCAGCAACCCUCAACGUCCGCGCAGGUCCAGCCGGUGAGUCCAUCUACACUGUCACCAACCGCUCAGGUCCAGUACUUCAUCUUCCCCACACAGCAGCAAAACACAAAUGGACUCUCAACGCCGCUGUCAAAGCAAUGGCCUUCUGCCCCUGGCAUCGCGGUCUUGUUGCGAUUGGCGGUGGCUCGAAUGAUCGCUGCAUUCACUUCUACCACACGCGCUCGGGCACUUGUCUCGCGACCAUCGAUUGUGCUGCGCAAGUCACAAGUCUCGUAUGGAGCCAGACAAGACGUGAGAUCGCGGCUACGUUCGGCUUUGCGCAGCCAGAGCAUCCGUAUCGCAUUGCGGUGUUUGCGUGGCCGAGUUGCGAGCAGGUCGUUGCUGUGCCGUGGUGGGACGAGAAUCGGGCGCUGUGUGCGGUCGCGUAUCCGGGUGGGCCUAUGAGUACGCCUGAUGACGAGGAGACGGAUGGAGAGAGGGCGAGGGGCGAGGAUGGACUGUGGAACCGACGAGGCGUUGAGGAGGGAUGUCUCGUUGUUGCGGCUAGUGAUAUGGCGGUUAGGUUCCAUGAGAUUUGGACGGGGGGACGGGGUGGACAUGGGAGUGGUGGGCUGUUGGGUGGGUCGACCGGGCUGCUUGGGGGGAGUGAUAUUCUUGAGGAGUUGCAUGGGGUGGAGAGGGAGGGUGCUGUUAUUCGGGUGCAGCACAUGCGUAAAGAGUGGUUCAGAUCGUGA